AUGAUAUGGUGGUUUUUAAUUUCAAUAAAUUUUUUGUUUUUCCUUAUAAAAAGCUUUUUCACCCCCAAAGAUACGACUUAUAUGAACGACAUAAAUAACAACCAGGACAGCGCGUCGACAGAAAAAUACAUUCUUGGCGAAAACUACAACCUGACGAGCCUGAAGCUGAAGAUCGACUUCGGCUCGCUAGACACCGGCACGAAGAUAAUCGAGUACAGCAAGGGAAUUAUAAACAUCCGAUCGAUUCAACAGUACGACUAUGACAGUUACAUGCUGACGCCAUGCAAUUCAGACAUCUGGUGGAUCUACUCAUUCAGUGACAUUAUACACAUCGAGAAAAUCGGAUUGGUAUCACUAGAGCAUUAUGCAUCAAAUUUCAAAGUUAUAGAAAUUUUAGGGAGUGAUGUAUACCCAACAAAAAAAUGGAAAAAGUUAGGAAAAAUUGCCACCAAUUUUACAAAGAGCUUUGAAUUAUUUAACAUCUAUGAUUAUUGUAAAAAUUACGAUGAAGAUAAUUGUUGGGUGAAAUAUAUGAAGUUUGUUGUCCUGUCUCAUCACAACUUAGAAAAUAAUUAUUAUUGUACUUUGACUCAUUUGCAAAUUUUUGCUUCAUCUGGUGUUGAUAUGCUCAGUGAUAAAAUAUACUCAGAUGAUAACAUCACGCAGAUUGAAAAAGAUUUCCAUGACAAUUACAAGCAUGAGAAAAAUGAAAAUAUUCGCGACCAUGAGAUUAUAGAAAAUUUGGAGGUUCUCCUUGAGGACAAGGAACGUAUGCAGGGUGAAGGGACUACACCAGGAACAAGCGAUCGGCGAAAUGGGCAGAGACACUUAGAUAAGAAGCACGAAGAGGAUGCAAUGCAUUCACCAGAAAUGCACACGACUGAAACUAUUACAACAGAGCAAUCCCCCACGGGUGUAACCCCCCCGACGAUAUCCAAUUUUACCCCCUUCGAUGGCUCCUUCCUAGAUCCAGAAACGAUAGAAGAAGAAUUAAUAGACACGGAUCUUAUCGAUUCAAAGCUGAUGGAUACAGAAUUAAUCAAAAAAGAACUUAUGGACACUGAGCUCAUCGAAAAAGAACUAAUGAACGCAGAACUUGUCGAGAGAGACUCCAAGACUGCUCACAUUAGCGAACCUUCAUUUGACCAUUUAACAGAACAAAUAGGAAACGUGUUUGAUGAAAAAAGAGACCAUGAAAGGAACACCACCAAGGAGGUUGAAGUUAAUACAAGUCAACACAAGGAGGAAGAGAAAGAAAAAGUUAGUGUAUCCCCCUCUGUAGCUACAAAGCAGAAUGUGCUAGAACAGAAAAAAUACAACCAGGGUGUCUCACCUCAUUCGCUAGUCAUCCUGAACAAAGCGGUGAAGAAGAAAUAUGCUGUACUUCAAAAUUUUAACAAACUCAGAAUAUCCAAGCUUUUAAAAAAUUACCCAUUCAUGAAUUACAAAAAUGUGGUUAAGAAGUACAUGCCUUACAUUGCCUACCUGAUGAAGUAUAAGGACGAGCUCAGUUACGAUCACUACAACAUGAAAGAUGUCAUCAAAAUGGAUCGCUUCUUCAACCCCGUGGAUGAUCCACCUCUUGAGAGAAGCACAGUGAGGAAAUACACACCCACCUGUCGGCGAUUUCUUUCCCCAUUCCGUGUGCUCGUGAGGAGGGUCUUUCCAAAAGUGUACAGCCGUGUAAAUAUCCCAAGACGCGUUCCCCUGCACAGUGCAACGACUCCACACACUUCUGAUAAGAGGACCAUUCCAGGGAGUCCGAGUGAAACACCAUCGAGAAAACCACCCAAAGUGCACUGCUACAACUACGGGGCUAUAAAAAACGUGCAAAAUAGUAUACUGCAGAAUAGGCGUAUGUAUCCCCUCCUGACUAUAUGGAAGCCCCGUCGUCUGUGCAAUCACGAUAUGGUCUGCUUGAAAAAACAUGCAGGGGACAUUAACAAAUUGCUUACCUUUAGACGUAACUUAAUCAAGUCCACAAUCCGAAAGUAUCUCGUCUUCAUAACUGGAAAGAGAUUGCCCCCCCCAAAGAGAAGGAGACAGAAAAUUGUGAAGAAAAAAAAAAGGAAAAUCAGAAAAAAAAGGGGAAUGUUCAGAAAGCUCUUCUUAUCAAAACAGUUUAAUAAAAUAGGACAUAUAAAAAAAUUACGCCUUUUUUAUUCACCCAUUUUUCGUUUACCAACAUGCGAUGCAUCGAGGUAUCUCCCGCACAAGCAGAUGCAGCAACAGAAUAGAAUAAAGAACCUGCAAAUUUUAACCCCUCUAAAGGAACAACCACAGGACAGCUUGAUAAUGAUUUACCUCUUCGAUGAACUAAGAAAGGGACGAGAGACACACAAUUUGGAGAGCCUCAAAUGGUGCUUUGAUUUCAUGACGAAGUGGAAAAAUACAUUCGACUCAGUAUUGCUUAUGUCUUUCAUGAAAUGUGCCCCAUUAGCUAGUCUGCGCAACCGUGGCAGGUGUGUGGAUAUAAUGAAGAAUGGUCUUCUUUUGAAGAAGAAAAACAAAUCGACACUUGAGAAGGAACUGCACGGUCUUUUUUUUGCACAUUCGGACAGAAGCAGGACUUGCAAAAGGCACGACCGUUUGGAGAGAACGGAUUUGUCGUACUAUGCCUACAGGGAGGAGGGUGCGGAAGAGAAUGCGGAAGAGAGUGCAGAAGAGAAUGCGGAAGAGAAUGCAGAAGAGAAUGCAGAAGAGAAUGCGGAUACUGUGGAGUACUAUAUAGAUGAGGAAUACUACAUAGAUGGGGAGCACUAUCCUGAUGGGGAGCACUACCCUGAUGGGGAGCACUAUCCCGAUGGGGAGCACUAUCCCGAUGGGGAACCCUUCCCAGUGGAAUCACCCCUCCCCAGGGAGCCACUCCACCCGAAGGACCCCCCUAUAAAUCACCAAGUUAGUGUCGAAACGCCCCCCCUGAAUGUUGAAUCCCCCACAACGAUUAACACCCUUACGCUGUAUCUGUACAUGUUAAGAUGCAAAAACGUGCACUCGCGCUACCACACCAUGGUACUGAUGAAAAGCCAGAAGGAUAUAAAGCGCAUGCCCAAACUGAUGGCAGAUAUAUGCAGUAACUUGUCUAGCCGCAGAAUUGAAGAGAACCUAACGGAGAGCGAAAGCUAUGUAAGAGGCGUCAUCUCAGAUCAUAUGGCAAAUUGCACGACAAAUUACCUUUUUUCAGAAAAAUUGCCAACUACUAAAAGUCGUAUAUCCGUUUGGAAAACCAACUUAGAAAGAGAAAAAAAAGGCGCAACAAAAAAUGAGCAGAGUGUGAAGGCAGGGGGAGGUACAGACAAUCUGGAGGAGCAAUCAAAAAGGGAAUAUCAGGAAGUGCCUUUCCAAAGGAGUCAACGUGGUCACCUCGACGAGGCGAACAUGUGCCUAACCCUAGGCGAAAUGGAAAAUAUGAUAUACUCAGAUAAAUAUCUAAAACAAUACGUAGAGGAAGCAGGGAUACACAAAGAAAUGCAUAAGAAAGACAAAAUGAAAAAUAUUAUAAAUGUAAAAUAUAAACAGAAAAAUAAUGACAAAAGUAUAAAAAUCUUGAACGAAAUAAAAGAAACAGAAGAAAGCAACAGCAAACUUGUUAACGAAGUGUAUGAUAUCAUUAGCGAAUAUGAUGAUGAUAAUAACCAGUCGAAAAUUUAUUCUGUGAAAUUAAAAUCGGGAAAACAAAUUCCUUUAAUUAUUAAUAAACCAGAAAAUAAAAUGAAAGAAAAAGUAAUAAACAGUGAAGCAAAAAAAAAAAAUAUUAAAGACAAUAAAUUACAAUAUCUUGACGAAUUUGAUCAUGUGCUGAAUGAUCACAUCCAGUACGAUCAUUAUGAACAGAAUUGCAUACGAGAAGAAAAAAUUGAAGAAAAAGCAAAAAAUACAAGAGGACAUGCCCUACUAACAUUAGUGGACAAAGUAAAAACUAUUGAAAAUAAAAAUAAUUACGUAAUUUCCAAAUUGAAAGAUGUCAUAAAAAUUACCAACAAUAAAACGAAAAUCAUAUAUCACAUGUUGUCCAAUUUUAAAAUUUUACAAAACACAAUUAGCCUUCUGCUAAAAUAUAUCAUGAUAAACGAAAAAAAUAUGAAAAAUUUACACAAAAAUAGGAAUAAGUCAGAAUCCUUUUUCAAAAUAUUGAAAGAUAUAUGUAUUUUACAAAUUAAUGAAAAAAAACAACAUUUUGAUUCACUCCACUAUAUUUGCAAAUAUUUACAAGAUUUACUAUACGAUGAGAUAGAAAAAAUAUAUCUUUUCGAAAAACCCACAAGAGGAGGAGCAGCAGGAGUAGGGGCAGGCGCAGGUGGGGGAAGAAGAACGACUGCUGCAAACGGGGGGACCACUUCUGCCUCCAUGGGCGGAAAGUUCCCAUUAUGUGGUGAAGAAGAAGAAAAUAUGCUGCUACAUAAUAAAAAUUCCUUUCACGAUAAAAAUCCCAAUUUUAUUUUUAAAGAGAAAAAAAGAAAUAUAUUCAAUUUUUUGUAUUAUGAAAAUCAUUGUCAUAACGACAUAUUCAAAACCCCCCUCAUUUAUUAUACUUCUUCGGUGGACAGCCUUCAAACGUUUUAUUUUAAAAUUUACAAUUUUUUCAGGAAUUUAACCUUUUUUCACCACCUUGUGUAUAAAUUUAGGCACUACAAGAGGAUGCUUAUCAGUUACCUUAUCGGGGGCGCUGCCGGCGAUGCCGGUGCACAGUUUAGCGGUCCACAGUUUAGUGGCUCACAGUUUAGUGGUUCACAGUUUAACGGUGCACCGCACACCGCUGCGCAGUUCGGCGGAUCGCAGUUUGGUGGCGCGUACGGAGAUCCUCAGAAUAGAGGGAACCUGUACGCCUUCCUUUUGGGCCUCCUCCUGAUAAUUUUCCUCAUAAACAAUUUUUUCUGUUUCCUCCUGUACAAGCAUUUAUCGAAUAAGUUGAACAAAUUCGUUCAGGGCUGCACCUGCCACAGGAAGUGA